UCGGUACUGCCUGUUGCAGACUGCAUCUUUUAUUAUGAAGUUAAUUACUACUGAUCACUAAUGAUGCAAUUAGUUAUAAAAAAGUAGCAAGUAUUAACAAUAAUGUACCUGAAAGAUUUGAAAACGAAGUCGGAAGAAGGCGAAUAUUGGGAAUCACGGACAGAGUUCGUUCUGGCAUGUUUGGGCUACACGGUUGGAUUUGGAAAUGUGUUGAUCUUUCCAAACACGUGUUUAAAGAAUGGGGGUGUGUCAUUUUUGAUCAUGUACACUGUCAUGCUGUUUAUACUUGGUUUUCCUAUCUGCUUUCUGGAAAUGUUUAUUGGCCAGUUCACCAGCAGUGGUCCGGCCACGUGCUGGAAAUUUGCAAGAAUUUUUAAAGGUAUUGGCGUGGCCAUGUUUCUAAUGUCGAUGUUCGUUGCCAUCUACUACAACAUGUAUGUCGGCUGGUCUGCCUACUACCUGUAUGCGUCACUGACCGCGGCACUGCCCUGGAAAACGUGUGAUCCAGAGUGGAGCAGUCAAUUCUGUUGGACGAAUUUGCCCGUGUAUAACAAGUCGCACUGUUCUCAGCUGGGUCUUCACUUGCAACAGAAUGGCACAUGCUACUCGUCUGGCGGGAAACUGGUGGCAUUGUACAGUGAAUCGCUGGCGCGUUUCUACAACAUCAAGAAAGAUUUGCCAUCAAAAGAAUACUUAUAUAAACAAGUCCUUGGUAAAGAUUUCAGUACUGGAAUUUCCGACCUUGGACCAAUGAGGUGUCGUCUAGUAUUUUGCUAUUUGUUUGCAUGGAUGUGCGUUGCUGUAAAAUUGUCCAAUCCUUGGAAUCAGUUUGCAAAAAACUCACUGUUAGUGAUUUUGUUUCCAUACAUUAUUCUGCUGAUGUUACUUGGACGUAGUCUUCUCCUGCCAGGACAUUACAUCGGCAUAAAUUUUUUCAUGCAGACAGACUACAGUGCACUCAGAAAUGUUGAGGCGUGGAUUGAAGCAUCCAUACAUAUUUUCUUCACGUUGUCUCUGUGCCUUGGAGGCUUGAUAUCACUGGCCAGGAGAAACAAGUUCACAAACGACUCGGUCAGGGAUACGUUCAUCGUGGUUUCUGUCAACUACUUCACCAGUAUAGGAUCUGCCAUCAUGCUUUUCUCAUUCGGAGGCUACAUUUCUAAACUGAUGGACAUUCCUAUUGAGGACGUGCUAUCAACAGAUUCCAUGUUCGUGUUUGACAUGUACCCAUACGUUUUAACCAAGUUGCCCUUGCCAGUGUUUUGGUCCAUCAUGUCCUUCCUCAUGCUGAUCAUGUUCGGAUUAAACAGUCAGUUUGUGCUGGUUGAUACAUGUUUGCAGUGCAUCAUGGACGUGUUUCCCAACACCCGCAACAAGAAACUGGUGGUGGUCCCCAGCUUGUGUGGUGUGCUCUUCCUUCUUGGUCUCCCAUUAACUACAAACGGUGGCAUUUACUUGAUGGAUAUGAUGCACCGAUAUGGUGGCGGAUGGUGCCUAAUGGCCGUAUCUAUUGUGGAAUGCCUUGCCAUCGUCUACGUCUAUGGGAUGGAACGUCUCAUGUUAGACAUCGAGUCCAUGCUUGGGAACCAAGUCUGUUUCUGCCUGCCCGAAUUCAUACUGAAUAUGUGCUGUAUAAGCAGCUGGGGCAUUGUUGGUCCUCUCAUUUCAUCAGUUUUUAUUGGAUACACUGUGUUUAACUAUAAGCAAUACCGCAGCUCUGUCGAGAUGUUUGACCUCUUUGGGUGGCUGAUGUUAAGUUCCAUCAUGUUAGCCAUCUUUGUAACGGCAGUGAUCGUCUUUUACUAUUCAGGCAGAACUUUCAAAGAGCGUAUAUAUAAAAGUACCAUCCCAUCUUCUGAUUGGGGGCCUGCUCUGAUUGAAAACAGGAAACUGGUUGCCCUGUACAACCCGAACUUUGUCAUUGAGCCUGAAAUAGAGGUGAUAGUGUGCCAGCCGAAGAUAUCAUCAUGUGAUGUCGAAGUGUUACGUCCCACUUGGCAUUCUAGAAGUACCAUGAUGUUUUUAACCAUAUAGCUGGUUCUGAGGCAAACAGGCGAUGAGGUAGAGCUUGGUCAGAGACCGACCGAGCAGAGCAGAGCAAAGCAGCUUCAGCACAUCAGUCUGUGACCGUGACUGUGACCUAUAUUAACGUGCUUAUGUAACACUAGGUUUUCAAGCACGCCCAUCACGGGCUUAGUCUCUGACAUCACCAGUUACUAAGUCCAGGACAGAGGAGGGGGAGGGUAAGUUUCAAGUAGGUGGAAUUUGGAAUAAAAAUUUAGAAGUUAGGUCAAAGACUUAAAGCCAAAAAGGAGAACUGUAACACAUUCUAUUCAUGUUUGGAACAAAAAAAAAUUACCGUAAGUCCAAAAAUUAACUUUUGAGUGCUCGACCGAAAAACGUUUAAGCUAAAUUUGAGCAAUUUUCACGUCCUGCAAAAUAAAGUUUGUUUGGACUGUUUACAAAAAAAA